CGUAAAAGGCAAGCGGAUUCCCUCGCCUCCGCCCAUCUCUCAACUAAUUCACGACAGCAACAUCGACGAAAUCAUUCAAAAUGGCUCGCCGUCCAGCAAGAUGUUACCGCUACUGUAAGAACAAGCCUUACCCAAAGUCCCGUUUCAACCGUGGUGUCCCGGACCCAAAGAUUCGCAUCUUCGAUCUUGGCCGCAAGAAGGCAAACGUUGACGAGUUCCCUCUGUGCAUUCACUUGGUUUCCAACGAGUAUGAGCAGCUGAGCUCUGAGGCCCUUGAGGCUGCCCGUAUUUGCGCCAACAAGUACCUCGUCAAGACCUCCGGAAAGGAGUCUUUCCAUCUCCGCGUCCGCGCCCACCCCUUCCACGUUGUCCGCAUCAACAAGAUGUUGUCAUGUGCAGGUGCCGAUAGACUGCAGACUGGUAUGCGUGGUGCUUGGGGAAAGCCCAACGGAAGUGUUGCUCGCGUCAACAUUGGUCAGAUCAUCCUGAGUGUCCGCACUCGUGAUUCUAACCGUGCCGUCGCUCUCGAGGCUCUCCGCCGCUCCCAGUACAAGUUCCCCGGUCGCCAAAAGAUCAUCGUCUCCAAGAACUGGGGUUUCACCCCUCUUCGCCGCGAGGAGUACAUGGACAAGAAGACCACCGGAAAGGUCUUCGUCGAUGGUGCAUACGUCCAGUUCCUGAGCACCCACGGAAAGCUCGCAGACAACGUCAAGCGUUUCCCGGCUGCUUUCGCAGAGACUGCUUAGAUUGUUGUUGUUGGGUCAUGACGGGUGGAUAAGAACGGCGCAUAAUUGCUUUCGAUGGUUGCAAUGGAAGGGUUUUUGAGUCAAAGGUGCUCGUUUCAUUGUAACUAUGAAAAUAGCCAUGAUAUCCUUCUGCUGCUCUCCUUGAGUGAUCUGAGUGAUUGAUACAUGUGUUCGCUGUAGACGGCGGCCCGGCUUUCCGGCUCACGGGAGUAAUAAGACCGCCACUGAGAUGUGUCUACUACCAUACCCUUGUUAUUAUGAAUACCUCCUAUCACCCGCAAGCCAAAUAAAUCGUAAGUAAUCAGCGGUGACUCGAGGUUCGUCCAAAUCUUAUAUCAGU